AUGAAGUAUCUUGAGUCAUGUGUGAAGACAAGGUACAUUCUCAGAGGUCAAUUGGCAAAAAUUGCACCGUUGGCAAAUGUCAAUAUCCGAGUCAGCAUACCUACAGCUAAAGGUUCUUCACAUGACGACUAUGUUGUUGACAAAGACUUACCAUGGUUGAAGAUUGUAAUUGUCCACAACCACUUCAUGUUGAACGAAAGUCUUACAAACCCAUUGUUCGGAAAAGGCAAGUGCAACAUUGUCAGAGCUGUAAACAUUCUUUUCGAGAAAGGUUUGUUGGAACCAAUUCCAGAUGACAAGCUGACAGAAACUUUUGUACCAAAAGACGAAACAAACUUUUCACUGUUAGCAAGACCAAAAGUUGUUCCAGACAAAGUUCUAGUACAAAAGAAGUACACAAUUCCACAAGGAGUUGGAUUGUUCGGAUACCAACCUGAACCAGAAGAACUUCCAAUGAGGUUGCAAGAACUUCAAGAUGCUAUAAACAAACUUCCAUUGAGACAUCCAAUUGACGUCAAAUUGUAUUGGAGAGCAUCUGAGUUAGGUCAGAAGGUUUUAUAUGAAACAGGUUGCUUCGACGAUGUUUAUGAGAUAACAGGAGAAGUUUCUCAGAAGAUAAGAGACUCACUUGAAUUUCCACAAACUGGACCAAUUGGUUGCGACAAGUUCGACUCAAACGAAAAGAUAUACUAUGUCGACCUUAACGCUGCAUACAUGAGGUUUGUCCAAUAUAUUCCGACUGGAAUUCCAAACGAAGAUGGUGAGUUCCCGGGAAGGAACUAUACAGUUGGAAAAGUCAUACAACAACUGUAUGAUAUUAGGAAAGCUUCAAACCCCAAACUUGCAAUGACACUCAAA